AAAGAGAUGAGAAAUGAAAUAAAUACUUUCAAAGAAAAGCUCUGAAGAAAAUCGAAAUCGGCGGCGAAUUCAUCUUUCUCCUUUUUUUUCCGGCGGUUAUUAUCUUCAUCAGAUUUUUUAACAGAGUGUCUGAGACCUUUUCUUGUUGAUCACUAGUGUGAUUGAGAUUAAUCUUAGUUAAGAGAAUGGAGCUAAAGACUGUGAGAGAUGCGUUUGAUCGUGUUACCAAAAAGCAGAAGCUUUGCUAUAGCAAAACUCAGGAAGUUGUGGAUAGAUUAUCUCAAGAAAUCGACAAGGCGUUGAACACGAUUCAGGAAGCACCCAGUGGCUCCUCAGAUGAUGAUGAACCGCUUCAUCACAAGUCCCUUGUUGCUGCUCUGAAGAAAACUUUUAAGGAGAUUGCUCCUACCAAACAAGUGGAAGCCACUCAGAAGGAACUAAGUGGAGCUCUGAACAAAUACCCUAAAGCUCUGGACAAAACUCUGAAUCCAGACAUAACGACGGCUUACAGAAACGUCGAGUUUGAUCGUCAUGCCCUUCACCAGGUAAUAGCUGGUUUUUUCUACAGGCAAGGCAUGUUCGACAUUGGUGAUAGUUUCAUCUCCGAGUCUGGUGAGCCUGAGCCUGAUUCUUCUGCUACAAAACCCUUCAUGGAAAUGCAUAGGAUUCUUGAAGCCAUGAGAAAAAGAGAUCUCGGACCAGCUCUUAAGUGGGUUGCCGCAAACUCUGACAAGCUAGAGCUAGCAAAGUCGGAUCUCGAGUUGAAACUUCACAGCCUUCACUUCCUGGAAAUAGCGCAAGACAAGGACACCAAAGAAGCUAUCAACUACGCGAGGAAACACAUCACUGCAUAUUCAGAUAGAUGUUUCCCAGAGAUCCAGAAACUCAUGGGCUCUCUUUUAUGGAACAGAAACCUCGAUAAAUCCCCAUACGCAGAGUUCCUCUCGCCCGCGUUAUGGACCAACGCUGCCAAGGAUCUAACCCAACAAUACUGCAACCUACUCGGUGAAUCAUCAGAGAGUCCUUUAGUUGUAACACUUGCAGCUGGUUCAGAAGUUUUACCGACGUUUUUGAAAUACUUGAACUUGCUGCCAGAGAAAAGGAAAGAAUGGCAAACAAUGGAGCAACUUCUUGUACCUGUGAAACUCCCUGAAGAGUAUCGUUUCCACUCAGUCUUUGUCUGUCCUGUCUCUAAAGAACACUCGAGUGAAGAUAAUCCGCCGAUGAGAAUGAGUUGCGGUCAUGUCAUUUCCAACCAGACUAUCAACAGGAUGUCGAGGAAUGGAGCAAAGUCGUUCAAGUGUCCUUAUUGUCCAACAGAGGUAGAUCCUUCCCAAUGUAAACAGCUCUAUUUUUAGAGUAGUACUCUUAUAACUCUCUUUCACAACUUCUUAUGCUACAUUUCUUAAAGAAGUUAGAAAAAAUGUUUGGGAUCAUGAUCUUUUUGUCUCAAUAUGAGCUCUGUUUUUUAAAAAAUCAAUGAUCUUUUUGUAGAAAAAUGUUUGGGUUUGUGUAUAAAAGUUAUAGUUCUCUGUA